AUGACCGACAUCCAGAACGUCGAGAACAACGACCAUUUGGUCCAGUCUGAUGACCCUGAACACCCAGCCAACAAAAUCCCUGAUCUCUGUCGCAGAUUUUAUAACUGGGGAUGGGUGACUGGUACUGGUGGUGGUACCUCGAUCCGCCAAGAUGACCACAUCUUCAUCGCUCCGUCUGGUGUUCAAAAGGAAAUGAUGCAACCUCAAAACAUCUUCGUCCUACAAUGGCCCACUCCGAAGUAUCCUCCCUCCGAGCGCAAGUACAUCCGCAAGCCCCUCGCGUUGAAGCCGUCGGACUGUACCCCUCUUUUCCUCUCUGCGUUUGAACGCGGUGCGCUCUGCAGCAUCCACACCCAUUCGCAGUGGGCCGUGUUGGUGACCCUGCUGGUCGAGCGCGAAAAAGGUCCCGAUGGCUGCUUCGAGAUCAGCGACAUUGAACAGAUCAAGGGAAUCCCUCGCGGCCGGGGUAAGGGUAUGCUGGGCUUCCACGACACCCUCCGAAUUCCGAUCAUCGAGAACACUCCUUUUGAGGAGGAUCUCACGGGAAGUUUGGAGAAGGCGAUGGACCGGUACCCGGACACCUACGCGGUUCUGGUCAGAAGACAUGGAAUCUAUGUUUGGGGAGACACUGUUGCCAAAGCAAAGACCCAAUGCGAAAGCUUGGAUUAUAUCUUCCAGCUGGCCGUGGAGAUGCACAAGCUUGGUCUCCCAUGGGUCAAGGACUCUUAA